AUGAAAUUUCUAUUUAAGUUAACAGAAGAACAAAAUGGUUCUGGGGAAGCAUUAUGUCGUUGGAGACCUGAAGGAAACUAUUUAGCCGUUGCUAGUUUCAAUUCAUUUAUAAGAAUAUAUGAUAAGUCUGGUAAAAUUAUAGAUGAAUUUAACUUAGAGGGUCCAACUAUAAAUAUGGAAUGGGAUAAAAGUGGUAAUAUUCUAGCUAUCACAACAACUGACUCUCCAUAUUUAACUUUAUGGGAAUUACCAACAAAAAAGAUUGAUAGAUUAGAUUGUAGUAUAGGAUCUAAAGAAAAUCCAUGUUUUUUGUGUUGGUCAGGAGAACAUUCAUUAUUAGCUGUUGGAAAUAGCAAAGGAAAUUUACUUAUAUAUGAUCAUCAAACAUCAAAAAAAGUUCCAAUACUUGGAAAACACCAAAGAGCUAUUAUUAGUGGUUGUUUUACUGAGGAUAAUUUACUUGUUCUUUCCUCUGAGGAUUCUUCAAUUUCAAUUUCAAAUAUUGAGGGAGAAAAUAUGGCAUGUUUAAUUUGUAAUGCACCAGCUGAUACAAUAAAAUCACAUAGAUUUAAAAAAUUACGUGAUGAAAGUCAACCAAGAGAGGUUAAUGAAAAUGAUACUGAAUUAUAUAUAAGUGGUAUUAUAGGUAACAAAAGUAUAAUUUUAAUCAAUUCUAAUGAUUUUGAAAAUCCUAUUAAUUUACAAUUUCAACAAAAAUAUGGAGAUAUUGUAUCAUAUUUAUGGUUUAUUGAUGGAUGUAUACUUCUUGGUUUUAGUAAUGGAUAUAUUGUUUGUAUUUCUGCACAAUCAUCUGAAAUUGGACAAGAAUUAUAUGUUAUACAGGAAUUUAAAAAUUCAUUAUCAUAUGUAUAUUUAAAUGAAGCAACAAAUGAAUUAUUAUCAAUAGGUGAUUCACAUUUAAAAAUAAGAUCUGUUGAUAAUAUUGGUGAUGUAACAGACAUCCAAGAAAUUGAUAUUGAUACAAAAGGUUUAGCAAAAGUUGGAACUAAUUGUGAUGGACAAUUUAUUUUUAUUUCUGGACAAAAUGGUAAUGUACUUGUUUCUUUAUUAAAAUUACCAGCUAUUGGUGGUGCAUAUAAAGAUUGUUCAGUUGUAUUAUCAUCUUUAAAUGAGGUAACAGUACAAUUAAAUACACAUACAUCUGAAGAAAUAACAAAAUUUCAAAUAAAAGUCGAACCAACUUUUAUUGCUAUUUCAUUAAAAUACAUAGCAAUAGCUAUGAAUAAUCAUGUUUGGUUUUAUACAUAUAAUAAAAAAGGUGGUGAAUUAAAAAGUGAAUAUGAAUAUGUUUCAAGUAUUAUUAAACUUAAAAUAAAUGAUGAUUAUGCUGCAGCUAUGAUUGCUGGUGGUAGAGUACAACUUCAUAAAAUUAUUGAUAAUUUAAAUUUUAAUGAUACAAAAAAUCAAUCUUUAAUUUUUCCAGAUUCAUUUGAUAAGAAUAUUAAAAGAAUUAAAAAAGAAAAUGAUCUUAAAAUUGAUUGUAUGGAUUUAUCUGAAAAAUAUUUUAUUUUUGCUACAACACAUUGUGAAAUAAAACAUUUUUCUCUUAAAGAAUGGGCAUUUGUUAAUGAAUAUAAACAUAAUUGUUCUAUAAAUUGGAUAUCAGCAGAAAAUGAUGGUUUACGUGUUUGUUUUUUUGAUGAUAGAAUGGAAACAUAUUUAUAUUCACCUUUAAAUAAUAAAUUAGUAUCUUUUAAUUCCACAACAUCAUUAAAAGCUAAUUUUAAAAAUUGUUUAUGGGAAAAUUUUACUAUUGAUAAGAAUUCAUUGGUUACCUAUGAUGAUUAUGCAUUUUUUGUUUAUAUUAUUGAAAAAAAAGAAGUAACUGGAUAUGAAUUAAUAUUUAUUGGUUCUCAAAAAAUUCCAUAUGGAGUUACACCAUUAUUAUUGAAUAAAGGUGUUGUUACUUGCUUAACAUCAACAGGAAAAAUUAAUAGAUUUUUAUUAGAAAGUUUUAAAAUGGAUAUGGUAUGGGAUAAAAAAACUAUACCACAAAUUGAGAAAAUAUUUGAACAAACAUUAAUAUUAAAAAGGUAA